GACGUGCGCUUUGAUGCAAUAAUUUUAAAAUAAAUUGACAAUUUUUAUUCAGUGACCUACUUGUCUUCCGCUACGUGUUUUAUAACACUAAGCAAACUCAAAUGUUUUACUAUCUAUAAAUUAUAAAGAAAUGUAUAAGUAAACGCUUGAACUUUAAAAACUAUGGAAAGCAGCCCCUUCAAUAGAAGCGGACUAACGCGCCGCUCACCACCGCCGACACCAACCCAAACUCCGAGCCACAGCCAAGACGAGAGGAUGGAAGUGAUCUCAACAUCAGACCUACAGCACUGGAUGGGAUGCAUUGAGACCCAACUAAACGAGAUAUGUCAUAUAACUGGCGAAGGCAAGCUAAACUCGGAUCAAAAGUUAAAGGUGAGCUCCCUAUGUCGCAAAAUUGGGCAUAAUGUUGGCCAACUAGCCUGCAAAUAUCAAUCGCUCAAACAAAAAGCCACUCAGACGCACUAUUCCCUCCAAGUCCUUAAAGAACAUCAAGCCCAAGAAGAAAGUCUGACUGCAGAAAUUAAGCGGACCAUACAAGAAUCUUGUGGGAAAACCACCAUGGAAACCACUACUUUUGCAGACAUGGUGAAAAAAGGAGCCAAUGAUUUUGUGCGCCCAAUAAAUGUCAAUUCCGUAGCGAUUUAUCCCAAGGAUAACUCGAAAUCAAGUGAUGACACCAAAAGCUUGGUUCAAAAAAUCGUGUGCCCCGAGGAAAUGAAAAUAAAAGUUCGUGGAGUACGAAGGGUUCGGAAUGGAGGUGUUAUCAUCAGCACGAAUUCAAAGGACGACGUCGAAAAACUGAUGAAAACUGUGCAGUCAUCAAACUCAGACCUAACAAUCAACGAACCGCAAAAAAGAAAACCCCGCAUAAUCAUUAUAGGAGUACCGACAUCUAUACCAGAAUCCGAAGUCUACAACUGCAUAUUUGAGCAGAACGUGGCCGACAAAAUUCCAUCCAUGACCAGGGAGUCAUUUAUGUCUUCAAUAAAAACAAGCCAUAAAUCCGGCAGAAAAGAUACUGAUCAUCAUAACCUGAUUAUCGAAGUCUCAGCUGCUAUACGGAAAGCACUCAUCACCCAAGACCGAGUUUUCAUAAACUGGACCUCCUGCCCGGUAAGAGACUUCACAUUGGUGACUAGAUGUUUCAAUUGUCAUCAAUACGGCCACGCAGCUAAAUUCUGCAGAAAUCCAGUUGUAACCUGUGGACAUUGCGCUACUGAGGGCCAUUCAAUCAAGGAUUGCCCGAAAAAAUUAGACCCACCGAAAUGUGCCUCGUGCCUGCGAUUCAACAAACCAUCUAAUCACAAGACAGGAGAACAAGAUUGCCCAGCAAAGAAGGCGGCCGAAUUCAGGUAUAUAAAUUCGAUCGAUUUUGAAGGCGCCUAAGAGCGCCAUUGCAACAUUAUUAUUAG